AUGCCUUUUUUUGGGCCAAACAUCAUGUAUGCUUAUUACUCAAAAAUUUCACAGAGUUGGUGUAAUUCUCUGUAUAGAGAAGGCAUUAGCACAGUCUGGGGUAUCUAGGGAAGAUGUGAAUUACAUAAAUGCACAUGCUACAUCUACCCCAGCUGGAGAUAUUAAAGAGUUCCAAGCUCUUAUUCAUUGUUUUGGCAGGAAUCCUGAGCUAAGGGUGAAUUCCACGAAGUCUAUGAUUGGUCACCUGCUAGGAGCUGCUGGUGCUGUGGAAGCUGUUGCUGCGGUGCAGGCAAUACGAACAGGGUGGGUUCAUCCAAAUAUUAAUUUGGAAAAUCCAGACAAAGGAGUGGUAUGGUGCCUUUUCUGUAAAUUUUACAACAUUAGGAUUUAUGAGAUCCAUUAUACUCAGAUCUAGAUCAACUCUGGUUAUUCAUUAAUUUUGAUUUGCCAUGAAUGAUUUACAUUGUUGAAACGGGAGCAUGAUUUUCAUUUUUGUUUGUUUAGAUCAUUGGUAGCUGAUUGUUCUCCAUAUGAUCAUUUCACUCAAUGUUUGAAUGUUGCCUGCAAAUAGCUAUGAGAGCUUGAAUAGUUAUGAAUUUGUUGAUCAUUUAUAUUUUUUAACAAAUUUGUGAGAUUUGU